ACAAUGGCGGACGAAGACGUGGUGAUCACGGGCUUCUCGGCCUACUUUCCCCAGGCCAACCACCUGGCCGAGUUUCGGAAGAAGCUCUACGAUGGCGUCGACAUGGUCACCGACGACGAGGCCCGCUGGCCCAGAGGGCUGCUGGGCCUUCCCGAACGGUCCGGCAAGAUCCGGGACCUGUCCCAGUUCGACGCGCAGUUCUUUGGCGUGCAGACAAAGCAAGCGCACGUCAUGGACCCGCAGCUGCGAAUGCUCCUCGAGACGUCAUACGAGGCGAUCGUGGACGCCGGCUACGACCCGGGCACGCUGCGGGGACGCAAGAUAGGCGUCUUCAUGGGCUGCAGCGAUUCCGAGACCUACGAGGCCUUCAUCGAGGACACAGACAAGAUCGACGGCCACGCCCUGGUUGGCUGCAGCCGGGCCAUGUUCUCCAACCGCGUCUCCUACUGCCUCGACUUCAACGGGCCAUGCUUCACUGUGGACACGGGCAGUUCGUCGGCCAUGAUAGCGCUCAACCAGGCCAUGCUGGCGUUGCGCUCGGGACAGUGCGAGGCGGCCCUGGUCGGGGGCUGCGCGCUUGCGCUUAAGCCCGCCAGGGCACUCAACUUUUACCGUCUCGGCACGCUGUCACCAGAUGGCAAGUGCAAGGCAUUCGACGCCGACGGCAAAGGCUACGUGAGGAGCGAGGCCGUGGGCAUGUUCUUCCUCCAGCGGGUCUCGGAGGCACGCCGCAUCUACGCCAAGCUCGUGCACCUCAAGGCCAACGCCGACGGCUUCAAGCCCGAAGGCGUCACCUUUCCCUCGGCCCGUGCCCAAGAGGCGCUCAUGCGGGACGUGUACGAGGAGGCCCGGGUGGACCCCCGCUCGGUGUCGUACGUCGAGGCGCACGGCACGGGCACCAAGGUGGGCGACCCCCAGGAGUUGAGUGCCAUCAGCAACGUCUACUGCGGCGAGGGACGCAAGGAGCCGCUCCUCAUUGGCUCCGCCAAGUCCAACAUGGGCCACUCCGAGGCCGCCUCCAGCAUCUGCUCGUUGGCCAAGGUGAUCCUUUCCAUGGAGACCGGCACCAUUCCGGGCAACCUGCACUUCAACGAACCAAACCCGGGCAUCCCGUCGCUGAACGACGGCAGCAUUCGGGUGGUGGACCGCCACACACCCUUCCCGGGGGGCCUGGUUGGGAUCAACUGCGUCGGCCUUGGAGGCGCCAACGUGCACACCAUCCUGGAGGCAAACCCGGGCCCCCACGUGGACUCCCUCCCCCGGGAGAAGCCCCAGCUGCCCCGGCUGGUGCUGCUCGCAGGCAGGACCCAGGAGUCGCUCAUGGCCACCCUGGACCGGCUGGAGGCGGACGGACCCCUGCCGGACCCUGCCUACGCUUUGUUGAACCGGGUCGGGCAGCCCAGCGUCAACCAGUUCCCGUUCCGCGGCUACUCCGUGGUGGCCGUGGACGGUUCCCGCGAGCCCAUCAAAGGGGUCGAGCAUGCCCCAUCUGAGAAGCGGCCGCUGUGGUUCGUCUUCACGGGGAUGGGCUGCCAGUGGAACGGCAUGGCCCGCCAGAUGAUGCAGUUCGACGUGUUUGCCGACUCCAUCCGGCGGUCCCACGAGCUCCUGGUGCCCUUCGGCAUUGACCUUGUAGAUCUGAUCACCAGCGAUAACGCCAGCAACCAGACAAUGAUGCCUCUCUUAGUCUCCAUCGCUGCCGUGCAGGUGGCGCUGGUAUAUAUGCUGCAGGCGGCGGGGGUGGAGCCGGACGGCAUUGUGGGUCACUCGUUGGGCGAGAUCGGCUGCGGCUUUGCCGACGGUGGCUUCACGGCCGAGCAGACGGUCCUGUGCGCCUAUUGGACCGGGCGCUGCGCCGAGCUGUGCAUCCUGCCCAAGGGAGCCAUGGCUGCCGUCGGCCUGACCUGGGAGCAGGCGAAGCAGCGUUGCCGCAACGGAGUGAUCCCGGCCUGCCACAACGCUGAGGACUCGGUGACGGUAUCCGGCCCAGCUGAAGCGGUGACCCAGCUGGUGGUACAGCUCAAGGCGGAGAAUGUGUUUGUACGGGAGGUGAGGAACGUGGACGUGGCCUUCCACAGUCACUACGUGCAACCCGUUGGGCCGGCCCUGCAGGAGGCCCUCGAGAAGCCAUUUAAUGCCCCUGGACGCCGUCCGCUUUGUACUGGAGGGGGUACGAAAACAAGACCCGUGGGGUUAACAAAAGUGUCAAUCCCUGUCAUCCAUACUGCUCACGCUGUCCGCUCGGCGUUGCCUGCAGGUUCCCAGGAGAAGCGGGAGUUCCUGAAGCGGCGCUUCCCACAACUGCAGGACCGCAACUUCGCAAACUCUCGGGACCUUUCCUUCGAAGAGCACAUCCUCAGCGAGACCGAGGGCAGGGGGGUGGACCUGGUGCUGAACUCGCUGGCAGAGGAGAAGCUGCAGGCGAGCGUGCGCUGCCUGGCCACCCACGGCCGCUUCCUGGAGAUCGGCAAGUUCGACCUGUCCCAGAACAACGCCCUGGGCAUGGCGGUGUUCCUCAAGAACGUCAGCUUCCAGGGCAUCAUGCUGGACGCCCUGUUCGGGGACGACCCCCGGGUGGCGGUGGACAAGCGCCGGGUGAUCCAGCUGGUGCGCGAGGGCAUCGCCUCAGGCGCCGUGCGGCCCCUGGACGCCGUCCGCUUCACCCGGGACCGCGUCGAGGAGGCCUUCCGCUUCAUGGCCUCCGGCAAGCACAUGGGCAAGGUGGUGCUCGAGGUGCGGCCCGAGGAACCCCUGCGGCAGACGAUGGCGGCCACGCCCCUCUUGGUGGAGGCCCACGCGCGCACCUACUUCUUCGAGGACAAGAGCUACGUGGUGGCCGGGGGCCUGGGCGGCUUCGGCCUGGAGCUGGCCGACUGGAUGGUGGCCCGGGGCUGCCGCAGGCUGCUGCUCACGGCUCGCUCGGGCGUCCGGACGGGCUACCAGCGCCUCUGCCUGCACCGCUGGCGGAUGGCCGGCGCCAAGGUGGCCGUGAGCCGGGCGGACGCGGCCACCGAGGAGGGCGCCAGGGCGCUGCUGCGGGAGGCAGCCGUCCUCGGCCCCGUGGGCGGCAUCUUCAACCUAGCGCAGGUGCUGAGGGACGCCCUGCUGGAGAACCAGACGGCGGAGGCGUUCGAGGCGGUGUGCCGCCCCAAGGUGGCCGGCACCCUGCACCUGGAUGCGGCGUCCCGGGAGCUGUGUCCCCAGCUGGACCACUUCGUAGCCUUUUCGUCGGUGUCGUGCGGUCGGGGCAACAGGGGCCAGACCAACUACGGCUACGCCAACUCGGUCAUGGAGCGCGUCUGCGAGAAAAGGGUGGCCGACGGACUGCCCGGCCUGGCCAUCCAGUGGGGCGCCAUCGGCGACGUGGGCGUCCUGCGGGAGACGAUGGGUGCGGACGUGGGGGUGGGCGGCACGGUGCCCCAGCGCAUCGGCUCGUGCCUGAAGGUGCUGGACCGCUUCCUGCGUCAGGGCCACCCGGUAGUCUCGAGCCUCAUCAAGGCCGACUUGUCCGGGGCCACGACCAAGGACAAGCACGACCUCGUCCAGUCCGUGGCACACAUCUUCGGUGUAAAGGACCCCUUGAGCCUGAACCCUUCUCUGACCCUGGGGGAGCUGGGAAUGGACUCCCUGAUGGGCGUCGAGGUGAUGCAGACCAUCGAGAGGGACUACGGCCUCAGCCUGUCCAUGCAGGAGAUUCGGGAGCUCAGCAUCGGUCGACUCAAGGAGAUCGGCGGAGGGGCCGUGGCCGGAGGAUCCGUCGCGCCCCGGGGUGCACGCGGGCCUUCCCCUCUUUCGCGGCAGGCGGAGGCGUUUAGGGCGGCGAGACGGCCCGCUCGGCGGAAGCGGAGGAACGUCCGAUUAGAGGGGCACUCCGGAAAUUUUAACGCGGAAUAUGUUUAAAGGCUGCGAUCACUGAAGAAAGUGCGACGGAACGCCACAGAAACCGUUGCGAAACGUGUUACACAUACCUCGAAGGACGAUCUUUACGGACUAACAUAUUGUGAAGGGUUGGGACCAAAAGAACAAUAAAUAAACAGGAAGGAAUAAACGUUUAAUCAAGCGAACUUAUGCCCGAAACAAAAAGGAAACUGAAGAUAACAACGGAGGGUACCGGGUGUCAAAGUCGGCGUAGCAGCAAGAUCGACCACUGGCGAAAAACUGACUGCGGCUCGCAAAUCGGAGCCCCUUAAGUACACGCGAAAGCUUCAGGAACAAUCAGCGUAGAAGGUUCUGUGCGUAGAACAUUCGUACCUCGAAUAAAGAACAAUGUUCUCAAA